CAAUGCACUGUGCAAACAUCCUACUUGCUAUAUACCCAUCAAAAACAGGUGUUGUCAAUCACAAGACUGGCGGGAUUAUGGAAACGCACUCAUUAUUAUUUUCUCUGAAGAGCAGCUCUUGAGUAAAGAAAGAUGAUGAGAAUAUUUGGACAGGUCUUAUGUAAGAGAGGUUUUCGUAUCCUAGAAUUGUAUAGGCGUCAUGUAUCCGACUGCACAGUCACGUGGACACAACAAGCGUCCAUAUGUCAAGAAGAGCAACGCCUUCACCUGAAUGAGCCUCUCUCACAGAUGCCCUAACUACGUCGACCGGCCAUGGUUGUAAUAUUUACUAUUGAUUGGCACACUAUGAGGUGUUCAAUCUGAAAAUCAACUCUUCGGCAUAUACACGUAGUUCUAACAUGACCAUCCGUAUGCGAAUGGGAUUCUGUAUGAAAAUGCGUGUUGGAGAUGUAGGCUAUUUCUAAAGGAACCUUCAACUAUUCUGAACAUCAGCACAGAAGGAGCUUUUACACUGUGAACAAUCAACCAGCACAGCCAUGGCCUCCCUCGGUGGUCUGUUGCCAAGGGGAACAGUCCUUGCUGAAUGAUAGAAAUAUAGAGUUAAGGAAAGACGGAGAGACAGAGCAGCCUUGAGGUACAGAAGAAGAGAUGGUCGUCACUGACAGGAGUUCGAGCACUCCUGUGCCCAAGAAGCAGGAACCAAAGAAGAAGAAGAGGAAGUCCCGCCCCCAUGGCCUGCCCUCCCCAGCGUUGUGCUGCGCAUGCGGCCUGUGCAUCAUGCUGGCAGGCAUCAACAUCACCCUGGUGGGGGCAUUCGCCUUCAGCACCUUGGUGCCCUCUGCCAACCCCCCCAUCAUCAUAGGGCCCAUCCUGCUCCUGGUGGCCUUCUCUUUCUUCGGAGCGUGCUGUGUCUGCAGCCGCCUGCCCCCCGCCCAGGGCUCCCGGAGAUCGAAGGUGGGCGGGAGGAGCAUGGGGAUGAUGGGGCGGGGAGGUUUAGCUGGGGGAGCGACGUUUGAGAUCGAGACAAGUGAGCACACUUUGCAGGACACCACGGCAGUACAGCUCAGCCCCUCGGCCUCACCGGGGUCAUCACGGGCAUCCAGCCCCGAGCGGGAUGCUCCUGAUCCCGCCCCCCCAGGGACCUGCAAGCUUUUCACCAUGGAGACCAAUGGCCCCACCUCCGCCACGGCCUACUACUCUGCCGCCUCGGCCGGGGGAGGGGCUGUGAGGCUCAACCUGCCACGUGAUGAUAUGGCCACCUAGCACAGCCCUGACUUACGCACUGAAGCAAGAGCUUCAUGCCCCAGGGGACUGAUGCAAAACUAUGUAAAUAUGAACUAGGAUUGAUGAUAUACAGACAGUGUUUCAGUGUGUCUAGCCAUUUUGUGUAGUGCCAUUUUUCAUGUUUAUGACAAGCUAUCAGAGUUUUAUUGCAUUUGUUUUUGUUUUUUCCAACAGCCAAACAGUAAUUAGCAUGCAAUUCAACGUUGAAGGAACAUGGGUGACGGUUUCGUUGGAAUUGAUGUUCCUACCUCCUCAGAACUGUUCUCUUUAGAAUCCUCUCUUAACAUGCAUGGGGCAUUAUUAUAAGCAGUUUCUAACCAGAAAGCAAAAUUAGGGAAUUUAAGCGUUUUCUCUGUGGCAUUUCUGAGGGGUAAAACAAAGUGAUGUGUCCCAUUUCUUUGACCGUCUGGACCUCCGUGAUGGACAUUUCAGCCGAUUACUCUGACGUCACUUUGUUGUUGUUGCCAGAACUGAAAGGUUUGACACGAAAUGGCAAUGAGUUUAAUGCUAUCAUUUAAAUACUUAGUGAUGUUUGACAUUACAGUAUGUGCUGCUUUGGUCUUAAAUUAGAUUCAAAGAUGGGGUCGCAAGAUUCCUUUGCAAUAUAAUCUCAACUGAAAGGAUCAGCAACAGAGGACUAAUAUUCAUUUUUCCUCAAUUGUUUCUACAGACAAAACAUUAUGGAUGAUAUGCAGUGUACAUCAGGGGUUGGCAACAAGUGGCCUGCGGGCCAAAACUGGGUCGCAAGUGAUUCGUUUUUUGGAAUCAGAAUUUUUACUACAAACAUAGAAAUGCGCCAUUUUCACAUACAGUGGCAAGAAAAUCCUUUGGCAUUACCUGGAUUUAUGCAUAAAUUGGUCAUAAAAGCCACAACAAUAAACAAACAGUCUGCUUAAACUCAUAAACAAUUAUAUGUACUCGUGUCUUUAUUGAAUACACUGUAUUUUUUUAUAUACCUUUUAUUUAACUAACCUCAUUGAGCAUUCUGCACUGUGCUUUUGCAGUCAACUCCUAGGGAGACUAGCAAGAGUGCAGAAAUUUGUCUUACCGUGGACUGAUUUUAGAACAUUUUGUAACCCUUUCCAGCUUUUUGCAAGUCAACAAUUCUUAAUCUUAGGUCUUCUGAGAUCUCUUUUGUUUGAGGCAUGAUUUACGUCAGGCAAUGCUUCUUGUGAGUAGAAAACUCACAAAAUGUGAUUUAAAAAAAAAAAAAAUUAUAGGGCAGGGCAGCUCUAACCAACAUCUCCAAUCUUGUCUCAUAGGUUAGCUGACUCCUGACUCCAAUUAGCUUUUGGAAAUGUCAUUUGCCGAGGGGUUCACAUACUGUUCCCAACCUACACUGGGAAUGUUUGAGUUAUGUAUUCAAUAUAUUUUGUGUUAUUAGUUUAAUCACUCUGCGUUUGUCAAUUGUCUAUGAAGAUCAGAUCAAAUUUUAUGACUAAUUUAUGCUGAAAUCCAAGUCAUUCCAAAAGGUUCACUUACUUUUUCUUGCCACUAUGGUGAUGUUGGGGUAGUGCUGGACAUGAUUUAAUAUGUUCCGUUAGGUAUAGCCCUAUGUCUAACAUGGACAUCACACCAAGAUCCAAACUGCUUUAAUAUUGAUUCAGAAGAUUGAACAUGCUUUGAUUUUCUAUACAGAAUAAACAACUUCUUUCUUGAACUGCAUUGUUGGUUAAGGGCUUGUAAGUAGCAUUUCACGGUAAGGUUGUAUUUGGCGCAUGUGACAAAACGUUUUAUUUGAACUAGUGUUUACCAUGUCCCAGCCAAGUAUUUUGUCAUAGCCUAAUAUAUGUAUUUCAUGUGAGGAAAGUCAACUCCCCCUACAGGGAGUGGGCUUGUUGUAAAUGUGUGUAGUGUCAAGAUGUAUGUAAACUAUCAAUGUUGGCCAUGUAUUUCAAAAUGUAUUCUGGUUUGAUAACAUCUUUAACAAUGUAUUUUUUUGAAAAUUAAAUUGACUUAAUUUGAUAACAAUACAUGUGCUACUACUAAAAUAUCAAUAAAAUACAUGCUCAUAUAAAAUGGAUCACAAAGA